AUGGUCAUUGUGGUUGCAUCAAAUGCUUUGAAGUGUAAAAUGUUUCCUUCUACUCUCAAAAAUUCAGCAAUGACUUGGUUUACCACGCUUCCACCGCGUUCAAUUGCUGGAUUUAUGGAUUUAUCCGCGAAGUUUUUGUCGCAAUUCUCAACUAGCCGCGCCCAGAAGGUGACUCAUGCAGCUUUAUUCAACGUGCAGCAAAGGCCCAAUGAAAGUCUUCAAUCUUUCAUGGGGUGUUUCAAUCAAUUAUCGGUUCAUUUGGAGGAUAAGAUGCCAGAAAUUUGCAUAGCAGCUUUUGAACUGGGACUUCAAUUAGGAAGCUUGAACAGCAGUUUAAGUCGUAAGCCCGUGGAAACGAUGGCGGAACUGCGAAGUCGGGUACAAGGUUUCAUUCGGGAGGAGCAAAGUGAUCGCAUCAAGAAAAACCGCAAGAAUGCAGCGGUUACCGGCCAACAGCAGCAAUCGGAUUCAAAGAAGGCGACGGUUAAUGAUCCGCGUUCGGGCGAAGCGGUUACUAAAGGAGAGAGAAAUUAUAAUAGUUCAAAUCGUUUUGAUAACCGCUCCAACCUUCGAAAUCGUGUUCAGCCUUAUGGAAAUCGUGGUUAA